AUGAGUAAGACUAGUGCUACUACCACUAGUGCUACCAGUACUAAUGAAAAAAUUAAUUUUUUACCACAAGGUAAAUAUUUAAAACCUGAAGAAUUGGAAUAUGAAUUUGGUGGACCAAUUGGCUGUUUAUUUAAUAUGAUUUUUUUCCCAAUUUUAAUGUAUUAUAUGUGGAUUUGUUCAGAAUUUUAUAAUGGUAGCAUCGCUAAACCAAUUGAUUGGUCUUUAAAAAAUAUUCAAAUUUUUAUAAUGGAAUUAAUUCAAUUAUGUUUGGAUCAUGCUAUACCAUCAUUAUAUUCAUGGACAAUUUUUUUAACUUUUUGGGCUUUCCAAAUUAUUUUUUAUUAUGUUUUACCAGGUGUUUGGACUAAAGGUCAACCUUUAACUCAUUUAAAAGGUAAACAACUACCUUAUUAUUGUAACGCUAUGUGGUCUCUAUAUGUAACAACUACUUUAGUCCUUUUAUUACAUUUCACUGGAAUCUUCAAACUAUAUACAAUUAUUGAUUUAUUUGGUGAAAUUAUGACAUGUGCAAUCAUCUCGGGAUUUGCAUUCUCAAUUGGUUUAUAUUUAUGGACUCUAUAUAUCAAUGGUGACUAUCAUAGAAUGACAGGUAAUCAUAUUUAUGAUUUAUUCAUGGGUGCUCCAUUAAACCCACGUUGGGGGAUCCUUGAUUUAAAAAUGUUCUUUGAAGUUAGAUUACCUUGGUUCACACUUUAUUUUAUCACUCUAGGGGCAUGUUUUAAACAAUAUAACGUUUAUGGUUAUGUUACACCGAACCUUUUACUUGUAAUGAUGGCUCAUUGGCUUUAUGCUAAUGCAUGCGCCAAAGGUGAAGAAUUAAUCGUUCCAACUUGGGAUAUGGCUUAUGAAAAAUUUGGUUUCAUGUUAAUCUUUUGGAAUAUUGCUGGUGUUCCUUACACCUAUUGCCAUUGUACUUUAUAUUUAAUUUAUCAUGACCCUGAAGAGUAUCGUAUGAAUAAAUGGUAUAUGACUGGCUUAUUUAUUACUUAUCUUGUAGCUUAUUAUAUUUUUGAUACAGCUAAUGCCCAAAAGAAUUCUUUUAGAAAGACAAUGGCUGGUGAUUUAACUACAAGAAGAGCAUUCCCACAUUUUGAAUAUCAAGUAUUAAAGGAUCCAAAAUAUAUGACUACUAAAGAUGGUUCUUAUUUGUUAAUUGAUGGUUGGUAUACUUGGGCUCGUAAGAUUCAUUAUACUGCGGAUUGGAUUCAAUCUUUAAUUUGGGCCCUCGCUUGUGGUACUCAUUCAAUCUUUCCAUGGUUUUUCCCAAUCUUUUUCUUUAUUGUUUUGACUCAUAGAGCAAUGAGAGAUCAAGUUAAAUGUAAAAGAAAAUACGGUUCAGAUUGGAAUACUUAUUUAAAACAUUGCCCAUAUUUAUUUAUUCCUUAUGUAUUUUAA